AUGGGACGAGAAACAGUUAUUGCUCUUGUAGGAAAGCCAUCGGCUGGAAAAUCUACUACGUUAAAUUCGUUGACAGACGCUAAUGCAAAAGUUGGAGCUUUUCCAUUUACUACUAUAGACCCAAAUAAGGCCACAGGUUACCUAGAGGUAGAUUGUGCAUGUGCAAGGUUCGGUAAACAGGCUUUAUGCAAGCCUAACUAUGGAUAUUGUCGAGAUGGUAAACGAGGUGUUCCAAUCAUGUUGUUGGAUGUGGCAGGGUUGGUUCCCAAUGCUCAUCUUGGAAAAGGAUUAGGAAACAAAUUUUUGGGAGAUUUGACCGAAGCGGAUUGUUUGAUCCAUAUUGUGGACGUGAGUGGAACCACUAAUGCAGAGGGAAAGGCCACGAGAGGAUACGACCCAUUACACGAUAUAGAGUGGUUACAGGACGAGAUCUUCAAGUGGAUUCUCGGGAACCUUAUGGAGAGAUGGGGCUCGGUGGUCAGAAGACACACAGCGACUAAAGCCACGACGUUGGAGACCUUGAGACAGCAGUUGGGUGGUUAUUCGGCUAAUAAGCAGUUGAUUGGUAAAGCACUUGACCUUUUGCCGGGUUUGGCUCCGUUGCAAGACUGGGAUAAUGAAACCAUCGAGAAGGUGGUGAGGUCAUUUAUGCAAGUGAAGUUUCCAACGGUGUUGUCGCUCAACAAGAUGGACCACCCGGAUUCGGAUAAGAAUGUGUCCAAGAUCAUUUUAAAGUACCCAGAGUUGAAAUCCGUAUUGACAUCUUCGAUCACCGAGGUAUUUUUACGUAAAUUGGCCAAUCAACAAUACAUCAAGUACGACCUGGGAACUGAGUUUGUUGACACGAUCGAUGACUUGGGCCCCGAAUCAAAGUUGAAGCCUUUGGACGACAAAUUGCGUAACAGAAUCGACAAUAUCAGGGACUUGGUGCUCUACAGAUUCGGCUCCACUGGUGUUGUGCAAUUAUUACAAGCAGCUGCGGACGUAUUAGGGUUAAUUCCUGUCUUCCCAGUUAGAAGCAUCCAUAAUUUCACUGGUAGUUCAGGUGAAUAUGUCUUUAGGGAUUGUGUGCUUGUGAAAAAAGGCACGCCGGUGAUAUCGGUGGCUAGAAAAAUCAUGGGAGAUGUUACUAUCGCUGCAAUUGAAGGUGUUGGUGGAGUAAGAAUUGGUGAAGAGGACACGGUAGACAGUGGUAAGAACGAUAUCUUGAGUUUCAAGAUCGUUCCGGGAAGUACCACCAAUAAUUGA